AAUACCUUAACACAGACCAAAUUCUGAAUCUACUUUUAUAACAUGCUGCUAGUCACUCGAUGUUUAAAAAUCUCGUCUCACAGUUAAAACCCACAUAUUUUCAUCAUGUCUGUAAAUGACAAGCAAGCUGUGGAGUGUUGUAUACAGGAUGGUGAUUUAUCUAAACUGCUUCGGCUACCACAGAAUUUAGAUGACUUUUCAGAGGCCUGUAUUAUUAAAAGUGUUGAUUGGAUUCUUCAGUUGAAUGAGCAGCAGAUAGAAGAGGGAACUAAAGACUUGCAGGAAGCUGAUAUUGAAGCUGGGGUACCCUGGGCUCAACACAGUGUCAAGUCCCCUUUCACCAACAGAAAAUGCUUCAUCUUAAAUGGAAUGAUGAGUAGAAAGUUCAGUCCCCAGUUCUUGCAAGAAGAAGUCAGAGCCAUGUCCUUUGACAGUGUUUUGAUUUUGAUCCAGUACUUACAGUUCCUUCUGAUGUGGUCAUCUGUUCAGGAAGAUGACCAGCCCAUCCCUUCACUAGAACAGGUUAUACAUUGGCUGAAUGCGCUCAUUGACAGCCAUUUUCAGCAGCUCAAGUUGGCGGAGGAUGCUGAUGAGGUUAUUGUAUCUCUACAUCAACAGAUCACUCACAUGGCCCAUUGGCAACAAGAGUGUAAAGCUUUACAAGGAAUGUUAGCAGAGCUGAACAGAAAAUUUGAAGAACAGCAGAAAAGCACAAAGAUCGGAGAUUAUUGUAUAGAAGUUAUUUCGUUUUGAAUGGUUUUAAAUUUGCAUUUAUUUCUCAAUUACAUUACAUGUCAUCAUGUCGUA